AUGAAGUCAAUUGCUGUAAGCUAUGACUUUUAUAACUUGCCAUCCUUCUUUUCAAUUACAAGUGGAGGUGUUUCUUAUAUUGUUUCAGUUUCUAAUUACACCAAUGAGAAUAUUGCAUGGCGACAGUUUAUUAUUGUCUAUUCUGAUGAUAUUUCCAAAACAGCUCACAAUAGUAUUAUAGCUUCCAUUUGUGUUGCUUUUGGUAUUUUGGUGUUUAGUGUUUUAUAUAGAAUUUUACUUAGUCGAAUAGCCAUUAGACCAAUAUUGUUUUUGGAGAAACAAUUAUCAUUGAUUCAAGUUUUUGAUUUGGCAAAUGUGAAACGAAACUCUUCAAUGUUUAUUGAAAUUGAAAGUAUUUAUCAAAGUUUGGCAGCCACUGUUAAAUGUCUAUCGGAAAUUAAGAGUUUCCUCCCUGAUACUGUUGUUAAUCAAUUGGACGAAAUUGAAAAGACUGAAAAGGAAUUAAUUGAGCUGAACAAUGGAAAAUCCCUCAUCAAUCACCACCAUGGACAGGCACCAAUAUCCAACACAGAAAAGUAUUCCAUCGACACAAAAUCAACAGCAGACCAGUCAUUUAAGGGUUUCGUAUCAGAUAAUAGAUCAAACUAUUCAUCUUUCAAACAUUCCAAUUCGAAAAGUCUCAUUAAGAGACAAGCAUCACUCUCCUCUAAGGGAAGCACCAGCUCUCUAUUCAGGAUGGGUCUCAACAAGAAGGAAUGCAGUGUUUUGAAUAUUACUCUCCCUCAAUAUACUGACAUGCACACAAUAGAGGAAAUUUCAAUAACAUUCCCUAAAAUAGUAUCUGUCAUUAGAAGUGCAGCUCAACAAUUCCAAGCCAAUUUACAAGUUGUUUCCAUAUCAGAGUAUGUUUUGGUAUUCGAUACUGGAAGAGAACAUAAACACAUUGCCGUAACUGCUCUUAAAGUUAAGAGAGGAUUCCAAGCUUUGAAUACUCAACAAGAUUUGUCUUCAGAAAAGGUGGAAUCGUUCAAUUUUUCAAUGGGAAUUUCAACGAAUGAGAAUUGUCAUGUAGGAAACUUGGGAACACGAUCAUUCAGAUAUUAUUCAAUUGUUUCAGAGUCAACUGUGAUUGCAAAGAAUUUGAGCUUAUUGGCCAAUCAAUUGAAGAUUAACAUUCUAGUGGAUGAAUCAACCUUUAAGGAAUCGAACAAGUACUUCCUUUCACGACCUGUGGAAAGAGUUCUAUUCAGAUCCAUUAAGAAAGAAAUUCUUGACAAUGAUGCAGAAUAA